AUGACAACACCACGGCAGUUGAUCAUCGCCGUUCUCGUCGCCCUUACCGCCUUCUCCCUGUUCUCGUGCCAUCCCUGCGCCGCGAAAACAACUGCCGCCUUCUAUACUCCUCCUUACACACCGUCGAGGUGUUACGGGAACGAAAAUCACGGAGUAAUGGUAGCGGCAGCAAACGAGGACACCCUUUGGGACGGCGGCAACGCCUGCGGGAAGAGUUACAGAGUGAAAUGCUUGAGUGAAGGCGGCGGCGCUGCGGUGCAGUGCAGGGAGGGCGAGACUGUGACGGUGAAGAUCGUUGACAUAUGCGCUUCCCGCUGCCGAAACACCAUCGACUUGUCGAGGGAAGCUUUCGCCACCAUCGCGGUUCUCGACGAGGGGAAAAUUCUCGGCGAACAAAAAAUUAGUGUCUCCAUCGAAGAGUAA